AUGGACGGUUAUAACGCGUACAGUGCCUUUCCUCCUUUCAAGUGGCGUUAUUCACUUCAGGUGGUGGUCAUCUUUGUGAAAGCAGGCGACGGGGGGAACGGCGCAGUGCUGCACCCCCCACGGCCAUGGAAGGCGGGGGAGACGCCUGGACUGAAGGGAGGGAAGCUCAACGCGAGGGAGGCGGAGGAACUGAGGAGGAAGCUUCGCAGGGACGCAGCUGGGCUGACCAUCGUGCCCAUUGGGGGGCAUGGGGGGGACAUUGUGAUUCACACAGACCCCUCCCUCUCCACGCUGCUGCCGCUGCCUCUGAAACCCCCCACGUGCAGGAAAGAAGCGGAGAAAGCCAAGGCUAUGAAGAAAGAGGCUGAAAAGGCCAAGGCAAUGAAGAGGGUGGGCACGUUCAAGAGGGACGCGGAUGGGCUGGCGAUCGUGCCCAUGGGAGGGCAUGGGGGAGACAUUGUGAUUUAUGCUGAUCCCUCCCUCUCCACGCUGCUGCCGCUGCACCGCAAGAAGCGGCACGUGGCGAGGAGCGGAGGACACGUGGAUGCCAAGGGGGGCCUGGCAAGGAGAGGGCCUGACGGAUUGCAGGGGCCAGUGCUGCGGAUAGGUGUCCCAGUAGGCACUUUGGUGAAGCGCAAGCCGGGAGGCAAGUUCCUGGCGGAUUUGGCAAACCCUCCUUCCACUCCCUUCCACCACUUUCCACCCCUUUCAACCUCUCCACCAGGCACGGUGGUGAAGCGCAAGAGAGGAGGCAAGUUCCUGGCAGAUCUGGCGAACCCGGGAGAUGAAGUGGUGGUGGCGAGAGGAGGACGAGGAGGGGUGAGUUGA